AUGUUGGGAUGUUUGAAAUCGGUGCGUGUUCGAAUUCUGACGGAGCAAACUCGUCAGUUGUCGAUGAAAAGAAAUCACAAAAAUGGAUACGACAUGAGCAAGAAUAAGCGAAAUAAUUAUGUGCAAACUCCUCGACUCCAGCAGCCUCAAUCAAGGCUUUAUGAACACCAGCAAUUUGAGAAUACAGACGAAGCCCGAAUCCAAGAACUCGAGCGCUACCGAAUCUCCGCCCGUCAUCUCGCCUCAAUAAUGGGCGAAGACCCAAAAACCUUCAAAUACGACCAACAAGUAGCCGCAAUGAAAUACCUCAUGCCCGGCUACGUCAUGUACGCCGAAGCUUGUCCAAAGCUCGAGCAUCCACACGAGUACAUGGGCCAGUAUCGAAAUCCAGAAACCUUGGCGGCGAAACAGAACAUGCGAGUCAACUCGGGAAGACCAGAUCAUUACUUGUAUUUUAACGAAGACAUUACUCUUAUUGACUCCCUCGAAAAAUUGAACGAAAUAUGCGAUUUUUUGAAAGAUGAAGCGGCGAGGAUCGAGAAAGAUUUUAGCACAGGGACGAUUGAUGCUUAUCCAGCGGAAUAUAAAAAGCGACUUGCCAAUCCAAAAAUCAUCGCUGAAUUCGAGUCUCCAGCCCGUUUUCUCGGUUUUGAAACGCUACCAAAAGCAUUUAUUCAAAAAUUUCACUCGAAGCUGCGUCAAAUCUCGAUGCUGCCAACUUCGUAUCUUGCUCAAGACCUUCUGGACAAGUUCUCCGUUGCGAAGAAGGAAAGAAUAACUUACACAGACGAUUUCUACGCUGUUCAAGUUCCAAAGAUAACGAUUCUCGGAGAAACAUACGAAAACAAAUGGAUUUCUUCGGCGCUCUGUUUACCAGCUGGAAGUGGGCAGGUUAAUGUGACUCUAGUCGGCGAUGGAAGCGGGCAAUUCGACAUUAAUGGAGUUCCAAUGCAUGAGUUUUUCGAUGGACAGCCCAGUUGGAUGAUGGCUGCGCUAAAACCGCUCACAAUUUUGCAAAAAUUGAAUGAUUUUGAUGCAGUUAUUUCUGUUGUUGGAACCGGUGGAGGAGAAAUGGCAAUCCGAAGACCUCGUGGUCGCGAUAUGAAAAGAUGGUCUUUUGGCGUAGAAUCCGUGUACCAUCUUCCCAAUCGUGGUGCGAUGCCUCGACACGGUUUUGAUGAAGAGCACGACGCAGCGAUCAUCAGAGGCGGUGGAAAACAAGCCCGGGCAAUUUCACAAGGAAUCGCCAUCGCAUUAGUGCCAUUUGUUUCACCUGAAGAAGCGAAGACUUUAAAACAUCUUGGAUUGCAACUCAAUGAUCAUCGACGAAAAGAGCGGGAGUGGAAGGCAGGCGCUGGAGCGGCGAAAUUAAGUGAGAUCUUUGAAUUUCAUUCUCUGAAGUUCAUUUUUAUGCAAUUCAGACUCAUGGGGCGAGUCAAGUGUAGAUUAAAAUGGGUCAAGAAAUAUCUAAAGAGGACUGGUCGAUUACAAACGCUAGAUGUUUUGAACAAAGAUCUCAAAGAAAGGCAUAAGAAAGGCGAAGGAGAGUCUUCGAAACCCAGCUUCAAGAUUCCAAAGAACCCAGAUAGAAAGAUAAAAGAAGAUCGUCAGGAGAAGAAGGAUAGAAGUGACCGACAUUUAAUCAAAAAUGAACAAAAAGAUGAUUGCAAGUCCGUGAAACUCAGUUUUACGAUACAGAAAGCUCCAGAAAGAAAGAAAAUCGAAAUUGAGCCACCUAAACCAAAGAAAAAAGCGCAAGCAGCCGAAGAGAAGGAAUCCAAAACUGUCACAAUUCCUAGGCCUCGGACGUAA